GAGGCUUAGAUGUCGGGAAAGCCGGGGCAGCGGAACUGACGGCAGCGGACUUCCGGGGGCGGCCCCCGGGGAGGUCGGCGGCGGCGCCGCAGUCGUGGAGGGGCAGUGGGAGCGUAAGCGGCCCUGGGCGACGCAAGUUCCGCACGGGGCUCCCCUUCCUCGCCUCACGCGUCUCCUCCUUCUCGUAUAGUCCUGUGCUGCUUCCCGACGGUGGCUCUUGCUGACGAGAGCCUUCGGAGUGCGGUUGCUGAGGAGAAGCCGUCGCUACCCCACCUCGGGGCUGAGUGAGGGUGCCUGUCGCGCCGCGUCGCCCCCUGCGCCGCCUCCUUGCCCCCAGUGGCGGACGCCCUUCUCACUCGAAGCACUCCCCCCAGCUCCAUGAAUGGAAAUCGGCUCCGCAGGACCCGUUGGGGCCCAGCCCCUACUAAUGGUGCCCAGAAGACCUGGCUAUGGCACCAUGGGCAAACCUAUUAAAUUGCUGGCUAACUGUUUUCAAGUUGAAAUCCCAAAGAUUGAUGUCUACCUCUAUGAGGUAGAUAUUAAACCAGACAAGUGUCCUAGGAGAGUGAACAGGGAAGUGGUUGACUCAAUGGUUCAGCAUUUUAAAGUAACUAUAUUUGGGGACCGAAGACCAGUUUAUGAUGGAAAAAGAAGUCUUUACACAGCCAAUCCACUUCCUGUGGCAACUACUGGGGUAGAUUUAGAUGUUACUUUACCUGGGGAAGGUGGAAAAGAUCGGCCUUUCAAGGUGUCAAUCAAAUUUGUGUCUCGGGUGAGUUGGCACCUACUACAUGAAGUACUGACAGGACGGACCUUGCCUGAGCCACUGGAAUUAGACAAGCCAAUCAGCACUAAUCCUGUCCAUGCCGUUGAUGUGGUGCUACGACAUCUGCCCUCCAUGAAAUAUACGCCUGUGGGGCGUUCGUUUUUCUCAGCUCCAGAAGGAUAUGACCACCCUCUGGGAGGGGGCAGGGAAGUAUGGUUUGGAUUCCAUCAAUCGGUUCGGCCUGCCAUGUGGAAAAUGAUGCUUAAUAUUGAUGUUUCUGCCACUGCCUUCUACAAAGCACAACCUGUAAUUCAAUUCAUGUGUGAAGUUCUUGACAUUCAUAAUAUUGAUGAGCAACCAAGACCUCUGACUGAUUCUCAUCGGGUAAAAUUCACCAAAGAGAUAAAAGGUCUGAAGGUUGAAGUGACUCAUUGUGGCACAAUGAGGCGGAAAUAUCGUGUUUGUAACGUAACAAGAAGGCCUGCCAGUCAUCAAACCUUUCCUUUACAGUUAGAAAAUGGCCAAACUGUGGAGAGAACAGUUGCACAGUAUUUCAGAGAAAAGUAUACUCUUCAGCUGAAGUACCCACACCUUCCCUGUCUGCAAGUGGGGCAGGAGCAGAAACAUACCUAUCUGCCGCUAGAAGUCUGUAAUAUUGUGGCAGGGCAACGAUGUAUCAAGAAGUUAACGGACAAUCAGACUUCUACUAUGAUCAAAGCAACAGCAAGAUCUGCGCCAGAUAGACAAGAGGAAAUUAGCCGAUUGGUAAGAAGUGCAAAUUAUGAAACAGAUCCAUUUGUUCAGGAAUUUCAAUUUAAAGUUCGAGAUGAAAUGGCCCAUGUAACCGGACGAGUACUUCCAGCACCUAUGCUCCAAUAUGGAGGACGGAAUCGGACAGUAGCAACACCAAGCCACGGAGUAUGGGACAUGCGAGGGAAACAAUUCCACACAGGAGUUGAAAUCAAAAUGUGGGCUAUAGCUUGUUUUGCCACACAGAGGCAGUGCAGAGAAGAAAUAUUGAAGGGUUUCACGGACCAACUGCGUAAGAUUUCUAAAGAUGCGGGAAUGCCCAUCCAGGGCCAGCCUUGCUUCUGCAAAUAUGCGCAGGGGGCAGACAGCGUGGAGCCCAUGUUCCGGCAUCUCAAGAACACCUACUCUGGGCUGCAGCUCAUUAUCGUCAUCUUGCCGGGGAAGACACCGGUAUAUGCGGAGGUGAAACGUGUAGGAGAUACGCUUUUGGGUAUGGCUACACAGUGUGUUCAAGUCAAGAAUGUAAUAAAAACAUCCCCUCAAACUCUCUCAAACCUGUGCCUAAAGAUAAAUGUUAAACUUGGAGGGAUCAAUAAUAUUCUUGUACCUCAUCAAAGACCUUCUGUGUUCCAGCAACCAGUGAUCUUUUUGGGAGCAGAUGUCACUCAUCCACCAGCUGGUGAUGGGAAGAAGCCUUCUAUUGCUGCUGUUGUAGGUAGUAUGGAUGCUCACCCAAGCAGAUACUGCGCUACAGUAAGAGUUCAGAGACCCCGACAGGAGAUCAUCCAGGACUUGGCCUCCAUGGUCCGAGAACUUCUCAUUCAGUUUUAUAAGUCAACUCGGUUCAAACCUACUCGUAUCAUCUUUUAUCGGGAUGGUGUUUCAGAGGGACAGUUUAGGCAGGUAUUAUAUUAUGAGCUACUAGCAAUUCGAGAAGCCUGCAUCAGUUUGGAGAAAGACUAUCAACCUGGAAUAACCUAUAUUGUAGUUCAGAAGAGACAUCACACGCGAUUAUUUUGUGCUGAUAGGACAGAAAGGGUCGGAAGAAGUGGCAACAUCCCAGCUGGAACAACAGUUGAUACAGACAUUACACACCCAUAUGAGUUCGAUUUUUACCUCUGUAGCCAUGCUGGAAUACAGGGUACCAGCCGUCCUUCACACUAUCAUGUUUUGUGGGAUGAUAACUGCUUUACUGCAGAUGAACUUCAGCUGCUAACUUACCAGCUCUGCCACACUUAUGUGCGCUGUACACGAUCUGUUUCUAUACCUGCACCAGCGUAUUAUGCUCACCUGGUGGCAUUUAGAGCCAGAUAUCAUCUCGUGGACAAAGAACAUGACAGUGCUGAAGGAAGUCACGUUUCAGGACAGAGCAAUGGGCGAGAUCCACAAGCUCUUGCCAAGGCUGUACAGAUUCACCAAGAUACCUUACGCACAAUGUACUUUGCUUAAAAAGUCCAAGAAUAUUCUCUGAGAGGAAGAACUGAAAGAUGAAUCGACAUACAACGUAUGUUUCCAGUGGAGUAAUUGAGUGGGGAUGCCUCCAGCCAUACAGAAACCAACACUGUGUGGGGGCCAGGGUCUGAUCUUUAUGUUGAUACAAGGAAGAUUGUUUACUUCAUCAAGGAACACAGCACCAUUAUGCAAUAUGAAACCAGCCAACUGCUUUUUUUGUGCGGUCUCCUGUAGGAAGUAUCGCAGUUGUUUUGUUUUCACUUUCUUGUAGUCUAACCCUUUUAAUGCCUUUACCUCAAGUUGCUUGGCAGCACAAUUAUCUUUGCAAAAAAAGUAAAGAAAAAGAAAAUGAUGGUUUAAAAAAAUACACCUACAUGAAUAAUCAAAGUGAUUGUUCACAAUUAUGUGUGCAAAAAAAAUGUGCAUUCAUCUAUUCUUGUAAAAGGUAUCUGUGUAUAUUUUAAAUAUAUACAUGCAUACUUCAUAUGCAUAUAUAUCUGGAUCUACAUUGAUAAUAGAUAUAUAUGUGUCUCUGUAUAUAUUUUAUAGUUCAUUCCAUUGGGGAACUUUCCUUCCCUCUUAUUAUCCCCCCACCACCACUUUUAUUUCUCUCUCUACCUCCCUUGCCUUCAUCACCUACAUUUUUUUUCCUAAUGCUACCAGUGACAUUCAAAUGUUCAUGUAUCUGGUUCAUUUGAAUAUGAAGCAUGACAAACUA